ACUGCGCGGAUUGAGUGGAUUCAGUAGACGUGUCAGCUACGGAAGUGGAGCUGCAGAAACAUACGGCAAAACCCUAAGAACAGGGGAUGAUUUUAUGAAUUACAUUUACGUACAUUUGUCAAUAUCGUAAGACAUAACGCAUUCCAAGUCGGUCAUUAUUGCGAGAGAAGAUGCUGACCAAAUUUGAGACAAAGUCGGCCCGAGUGAAAGGGCUGAGUUUUCAUCCCAAGCGGCCCUGGAUUCUCGCCAGUCUGCACAAUGGUGUCAUCCAGCUUUGGGACUAUCGCAUGUGUACCCUGAUUGACAAGUUUGACGAGCAUGAUGGUCCAGUCAGAGGUAUUGACUUCCAUAAGCAGCAGCCGCUGUUUGUGUCGGGAGGUGAUGACUACAAGAUCAAGGUCUGGAACUAUAAACUGCGUCGGUGUCUUUUCACUCUUUUGGGACAUCUUGACUACAUUCGCACCACCUUCUUCCACCACGACUAUCCCUGGAUCCUGAGCGCCUCGGAUGAUCAGACCAUCCGCAUUUGGAACUGGCAGUCCAGAACGUGUGUCUGUGUGCUGACUGGUCAUAAUCACUAUGUGAUGUGUGCUCAGUUCCAUCCCUCUGAAGACUUGGUGGUGUCGGCCAGCCUGGAUCAGACAGUGCGCGUGUGGGAUAUUUCCGGUCUGAGGAAGAAGAAUCUGUCCCCCGGGGCUGUGGACACAGAGGUGCGUGGCAUCUCUGGUGUCGACCUGUUUGGGGUCUCUGAUGCUGUAGUGAAGCACGUUCUAGAGGGUCAUGAUCGAGGGGUAAACUGGGCAGCUUUCCAUCCCAGCAUGCCUCUCAUUGUAUCAGGAGCAGAUGACCGGCAGGUGAAGAUCUGGAGAAUGAACGAGUCAAAAGCAUGGGAGUUGGACACCUGUAGGGGGCACUACAACAAUGUGUCCUGUGCAGUGUUUCACCCUCGCCAGGAGCUCAUCCUGUCCAACUCUGAGGACAAGAGCAUCCGCGUGUGGGACAUGUCCAAGAGGACAGGCGUCCAGACUUUUCGUAGAGACCACGACCGUUUCUGGGUGCUGGGAGCUCACCCCAACCUCAACCUGUUUGCUGCUGGUCAUGACAGCGGGAUGCUGGUGUUUAAGCUGGAGAGAGAGCGUCCGGCCUACGCUGUGUACGGUAACAUGCUGUACUAUGUGAAAGACCGAUUCCUGCGUCAGCUCGAUUUCAACAGUAGUAAGGAUACAGCUGUCAUGCAGCUGCGCAGCGGAUCAAAAUUCCCGGUGUUCAGUAUGUCCUAUAAUCCUGCGGAAAACGCCGUGUUGUUGUGCACCAGAGCCACUAACCUGGAAAACAGCACAUAUGACCUGUACUCCAUCCCCAGGGAGAGUGACUCGCAGAAUCCUGAUGCACCUGAGGGUAAACGCUCCUCGGGCCUGACUGCGGUGUGGGUGGCCAGGAACCGGUUUGCCGUGCUCGAUCGCAUGCAUUCACUGCUGAUAAAGAAUCUGAAGAAUGAGAUUGUGAAGAAGGUGCAGGUGCCGAGCUGUGAGGAGAUCUUCUAUGCUGGGACGGGGUCUCUGUUACUGCGGGACGCUGAUGGAGUCACGCUGUUUGACGUGCAGCAGAAACGCUCCCUCGCCACGGUCAAAAUCGCCAAAGUGAAAUAUGUGGUGUGGAGCGCUGAUGCCAACCACGUGGCCCUGCUGGCCAAACACGUCAUCAUGAUCUGCAACAAAAAAUUAGAGAGCCUGUGCAACAUCCAUGAGAACAUCAGAGUGAAGAGCGGUGCCUGGGCUGAGAAUGAGGUCUUCAUCUACACCACCUCCAACCACAUCAAAUACGCUCUCACCUCAGGUGAUCACGGUAUAAUUCGUACACUCGACCUGCCCAUCUAUGUGACGAGAGUUCGAGGCAACAGUGUGUACUGCCUGGAUCGCGAGUGCAGGCCACGAGUGCUCAACAUCGACCCAACCGAGUACCGUUUCAAACUGGCUCUGGUCAAUCGUAAAUACGAGGAGGUUCUUCAUAUGGUGCGUAAUGCUAAACUGGUUGGCCAGUCUAUCAUUGCAUACCUGCAGAAGAAGGGCUACCCAGAGGUCGCGCUUCACUUCGUGAAGGACGAGAAGACUCGCUUCAGCCUGGCACUGGAGUGUGGAAACAUCGAGGUGGCGCUGGAAGCUGCAAAAGCUCUAGAUGAACGUAGUUGCUGGGAGCGUCUCGGCGAGGCGGCUCUUCUCCAGGGUCAUCACCAGGUGGUGGAGAUGUGCUACCAGAGAACCAAGAACUUUGACAAGCUCACCUUCCUGUACCUCAUCACUGGAAACCUGUCCAAACUCAGGAAGAUGAUGAAGAUAGCCGAGAUAAGAAAAGACAUGAGUGGACACUAUCAGGGCGCUCUUUACCUGGGUGACGUCAGCGAGCGUGUGCGAAUCCUGAAGAACUGCGGACAGAAGUCUCUGGCGUACCUGACUGCGGCCACUCAUGGGAUGGAUGAAGAAGCCGAAGCCCUCAAAGAAACCUUUGACCUGGAAAAGGAGGUGGUGCCCGAGGUCGACCCCAAUGCUCAGUUGCUGCAGCCACCUCCUCCCAUCAACCCUCUGGACACCAACUGGCCUUUGCUCACCGUUUCUAAGGGCUUCUUUGAGGGAGCCAUUGCUGCCAAAGGAAAAGCAGGACAGAUGGUUGCCGAUCAGGAUAUGGAUACUGCUGGAGCUGAAGGCUGGGGAGAAGAUGCAGAGCUUCAUCUGGAUGAAGAUGGAUUUAUGGAUGCUCAGGAGGGAUUAGGUGACGAGGGGGCUAUCGGUAAGGAGGAAGGUGAAGGCUGGGAUGUUGAGGAAGAUCUGGACCUCCCUCCUGAACUGGAUGUACCUGCUGGUGGUGGAGGCGGAGCUGAGGGAGAAGGAUUCUUUGUACCGCCCACCAAGGGCACAAGUCCCACCCAGACAUGGUGCAACAACUCUCAACUGGCUGUGGAUCAUAUUCUAGCCGGAUCCUUCGAGACGGCUAUGAGGUUGCUGCACGAUCAAGUUGGCGUGGUUCAGUUUGGACCCUAUAAGCAGAUUUUCAUGCAGACCCUGUCCCGUGGUCACACGUGUUACCUGGGCCUGCCGUCUCUGCCCUGCUUGCACAGUUACCCCCAGAGGAACUGGAAGGACAGCGGGGCUAAAGGAGGCCUGCCAGCGGUCGGCCUGCGUCUGUCUGACCUCAUUUCGCGUCUGCAGCAGUGCUACCAGCUGACCACGGCGGGACGCUUCGAGGAAGCCGUGGAACGCUUCAGGGUCAUCCUGCUCUCGGUUCCUCUGCUCGUGGUCGACAACAAACAAGAGAUUGCAGAGGCACAGCAGCUCAUAACCAUCUGUAAAGAGUACAUCAUCGGCCUCACUAUGGAGACCGAGAGGAAGAAGCUUCCUAAAGACUCUCUAGAUCAGCAGAAGCGGCUCUGUGAGAUGGCGGCAUACUUCACACACUGCAGUCUGCAGCCCAUCCAUAUGGUGUUGGUGUUGAGGACGGCUCUCAAUCUUUUCUUCAAACUCCGUAACUUCAAAACGGCAGCGGGAUUCGCUCGACGUCUCCUCGAGCUCGGCCCCAAACCAGAGGUGGCACAACAGACACGAAAGAUUCUUGCAGCAUGUGAGAAGAACCUGACAGACGCUCAACAACUUAACUACGACCCACACAAUCCCUUUGACAUCUGCGCAGCCUCGUUUGUUCCCUUGUACCGUGGGCGGCCCGUAGAGAAGUGCCCCCUGUCUGGAGCCUGCUACUGCCCCAAAUACAAAGGAGAGGUGUGCAGGGUUACACAGGCAACCGAGAUCGGUAAAGAUGUCAUUGGGUUGCGCGUCAGCCCGCUGCAGUUCCGCUGAGCGAAUGACACCAGCAUGGAUGGAAACGGUUGUGCUUCUGUCUCUUUUACUCUUUAAGAUGAAGUAAUUAAACCUUACAUGUGAUCAGAGAUAAAGAAAUACCUAAUGACUAUUCUGUAUGUUACUGUCGUCUGCAUCAUUCUAUAUCUACAUGCUCACCUAACAGAGAGCGUCUGUUAACUGCAAUUAAUAUAAAUAACUAAGUGCACAUCUCUAACUCUUUCAUGACUGCAUUAGAAGCAUGAUGCAACACACUAUUUUUCUGUUCUCUUCAAAUAUGGAAAUAAAGUUCAAGUAAACGAGUGUA